CUUCGAAUUGCCCGUCGCGUGUGCUGCUACUGUGGCCUCGAUCAGUCGUUAAUAAAUCAGCGUAGAAAAAUGUCGGGUGUGAAGAUGCCCUCAGCACUAGGACACGAUGAUGCCCGAGCUACUUACCUCCCACGAAAGCCAACCGCGGUGACGAAGGUGAGUUUCACUCGCAAAAAUCUCGGCCAGUCGGUAAACCGGGACGCGCUGCACAUUCUCGAAGUCAAGCAGCAGGAGGGCCGUAUUGCGUUCGCCUCGAAGGACUACGCGCUCGCCGUGCGAUGCUGGGAAGAAGGUGUUCGGGCCGCCGUUGAAGUCGACAUCAAGUCCCGGGAACAAUUCGAGAAGCGAGAGCAGCUCCUGUCUGUUUUGAAGGUGAAUCUUCUGGCCGCGCUACUCAGAGCGGGCAGCUUCGACCGGUGCUUCGUUCCAGCAGUACUGAAAGGGAAACCGGUUCCCGCGCGAGCUGACGAGGUCCUGAUGCUUACAGCUUCGAAAGUUGAGUCCGCUUGGCUCACGUCAGAUCAACUGGAGAAGAAGUGGAUCAGAUUGUUUGAAGCCCACUGCGGACUGGCGCACUGGAAUGUGUGCAAGUACGUGCUGCGGAGGUUGGGGGCCUGCCGUACGAAGGAGGAGAUAGAAGAGCUGUUUACAAAAGAUGAGCCAUGGCAAAAAGCCCUCGAAUCCGGAGAGGCGGUCGUGAAAGGGGAAAUAACCGAGCAGCUGGAGACAACAAGUUUAUCCACAGACGCUGCCAAAACAACCAGCACGACCGCAACUUACGCGACCUACGCGAAAACUUAUCGUUGUUAUCAUCAAGUCGGCUCGCGCCUCCGUGAUCUUCGGGCGAGGUUGAAGGACAAGGAUGCUGAAGGGUUGCGGACGAACAUCGAGGCCCUACUUGCCGAAUGGAAAGACGACGGGAAGUUGUGGUGCAUUUUCGUAGCAAAGGGAGGGAUUCGGCUAGUGGUAGACCUUCAGGAAAAGUUUGUACCACUAGACACUGAUUGGGGUGGGUCUACUACUGCAGAUGGAGAAAAUCGAAAUCACUUGCAGGCUAGUUUUGACAGGAUAAAGGAAUUGAUUCGGACUCACGCGGCUCCAGCAGCAAAGUUUGAAAACACAGAAACAGCCGUUCGAACUGCGAAGAACGGGAUCAGCACUGCAGUAAGUUUUGACAGCAUCAAUUUGCAAGAAUGAGCUCCUUGUGGGAAACGGCGUAAGUACUGAUCAAACGACGAUUGUUCGCUGCAUUCUCACGGAGGUAUGGAACAGGCGUUACGGAGCGAAGCAGCGACAGAUUUUUGUUUGUACUAUGAGCG